AGGAGCCCUUCUCCCGCCAGUCCGCCGUGCUCUCGUCCAUCCCAUCGCGCGCUUCUCCUUUUCUUUCUUCCUUUCCUCAACCUCUUCGUCUCUUUCUUCCUCUUUCAUCUCCUCUAUUCCGUCGUACUCGAUCCCACUCGCAUCUACUUGAGCCAUGUGCGGAAUCUUCGGAUAUGUGAACUAUCUCGUUGAGAAGUCUCGCGAGGACAUUCUCAACACCAUGCUUGAUGGCAUGCAACGGUUGGAAUACAGAGGUUAUGAUUCUGCCGGUAUUGCAGUUGACGGCGAUGGAUACAACGAGGUCGUUCUUUUCAAGGAGGUCGGCAAGGUCGCCGCUCUUCGCAAGCUCGUCAACUCUUCCGACAUUGACAAGAACAAGCGUUUCGUCUCCCACGUCGCCAUUGCCCACACCCGCUGGGCUACCCACGGUCAGCCCUCGCGACUCAACGCUCAUCCUCACCGCUCUGAUCCGAACAAUGAGUUUGUUGUCGUUCACAACGGUAUCAUUACCAACUACCGUGAACUCAAGGCUCUCCUCGUCUCAAAGGGAUUUGUCUUUGAAACCGAGACUGACACAGAGUGUAUCGCCAAGCUGUGCAAAUAUGUCUACGAUCUGAACAAGCACCGCGACUUGGAUUUUACUGAGCUCGCAAAGCUGAUUCUGGUCGAGCUUCAGGGUGCCUAUGGUCUGCUUCUCAAGUCCGUUCACUAUCCUAACGAAGUCAUCGGAACCCGAAAGGGAUCUCCUCUUCUCAUUGGUGUCAAGACUGAGAAGAAGCUAAAGGUUGACUUCGUUGACGUCGAAUUCCCCGAUUUUGCUGAAAUCACCGUCGAUGCCGGUGAUGCGUCGGCCAAUGGCAUGCUCGGUGUCCCUAUGGGCGGAUCUGAUCUGAGACGAUCCCAGUCGCGCGCUUUCGUUUCGGAUGAUGGUGUCCCCAUGCAAGCUGAGUUCUUCCUUGCGUCUGAUCCUUCCGCAGUUGUUGAGCACACCAAGAAGGUUCUCUACCUUGAGGACGACGACAUUGCGCACAUCUACGACGGCGAGCUUCACAUUCAUCGUGUGCGCCGUGAUGAGGGUCUGCCCUCCAUUCGCUCUAUCCAGACCUUGGAGAUGGAGCUCAAUGAGAUCAUGAAGGGUAACUUUGAUCACUUUAUGCAGAAGGAAAUUUUCGAGCAGCCCGAGUCCGUUGUCAACACCAUGCGCGGCCGUAUCGAUUUCGAGAAGAAGACUGUCACCCUCGGUGGACUGUCUGCCUAUUUGAAUACGAUUAGAAGGUGCCGACGGAUAAUAAUGAUUGCUUGUGGUACUUCUUACCACUCCUGCAUGGCGACCCGUGCCAUUUUCGAAGAGCUCACAGAGAUUCCCAUCGCCGUGGAGCUUGCGUCUGAUUUCUUGGACCGCAAGUCUCCCGUAUUCCGUGACGACACUUGCAUCUUCGUGUCUCAGUCCGGAGAGACUGCUGAUACAAUGCUUGCUCUUCAAUACUGUAUCGAGCGUGGUGCGCUUACUGUCGGUAUUGUGAACAGUGUUGGAUCGAGUAUCUCGAGACAGACCAAUUGCGGUGUGCACAUCAAUGCCGGUCCUGAAAUCGGUGUUGCUUCGACCAAGGCUUACACUUCGCAGUAUGUUGCUUUGACUAUGAUGGCUCUCUCUCUUUCGGAUGAUCGAAUUUCGAUGCGUCCCCGUCGUCACGCUAUCAUCGAUGGCCUUGCCAAGAUCUCCAAGCAGAUCGAUGAGGUCCUCAAGCUGAAUGACAAGAUUAAGGAAAUGGCAGAGACCGAUCUGAUCAACCAGAAGUCGCUUCUGCUUCUUGGCCGUGGCUACCAGCAUGCCACUGCUUUGGAGGGAGCGCUCAAGAUCAAGGAGAUUUCGUACAUGCAUUCGGAGGGAGUCCUUGCUGGUGAAUUGAAGCACGGAGUUCUUGCUCUUGUUGACGAGGACCUGCCGAUCAUUGUUCUUGCUACUCACGACUCGCUGUUUCCCAAGGUUAUGAGCUCGGUCGAGCAAGUCAUUGCUCGAUCCGGCAACCCGAUUCUCAUCUGCAACGAGGACGAGGAAUCUCUCGGCAAGUUCAAGAAGACCUACCGGACCCUCGAGGUUCCUGCGACAGUCGACUGUCUGCAGGGAUUGCUUAAUGUGAUUCCCCUGCAGCUUAUGAGCUACUGGCUGGCAGUCAAGAAGGGCUUCGAUGUCGAUUUCCCCCGUAACUUGGCGAAGGCGGUCACUGUCGAGUAGACGGAUAGAAGACGGAUAGAUCCGAUUUGCUUUUUUAUUGCUUUAAUACGGUUGUAAUAUUUUCAUGCGUUUGAAUGAUAUUAUAGCGGGCGCGGCUGGCCAGGUUUGUGUAGACUGUUGGUAUUGAUAUUGAUGUUUGCUUGUAAUUGGUUUCUCUCGGUAAUUUUUGUUUUGGCACUAAUAUGGUUCCCGGCACUAUAGUGCUUUCGAUGCCAGCGCUGCUUAUUAUUUUUUUCGAUAGUAAUCGAUUGUAUAUAUAUGUCUGUAACUUAGUAUAAAUAAAUGCUGAUUGUGCAAUUGAUAAGAUAAACAAGCCGAGUAGAACAGGAACAGCAGCAGACUCGGCCAGAAGAGGUUGUUUGGGCGCCCUCACUAAACCCAAAACAGGCCGGGAUCGAGGGAGAGCUA